AUGGAGGGUGGCAGCGUGGGGUGCGCCUGCCCCCGCCCGCUCUCGGCGGCGCUGCCCCCACAGGGGUACUCGCGCCUCUCCUCCUCCCCCCGGUGCGGGGGGCGGCCCGGCCCUGCCCUGACGGCCCUGCCCUUGCCCUGCAGCCCGGCGCCCUUCUGGAGACCAUGGUUGCCCGCGCCGGGCGAGGCGGCCCCGCGGAGCGACCCCGGCCCCGCAGCGCCUCACGGCCCCGGCGGGCUGGCGGACGCCUCCCGAAAAGUGGCGCAGUACACACACCCCGUCAGACUAUUUUGGCCCAAAUCAAGAUGCUAUGAUUACUUGUAUCAGGAAGCUGAAGCACUUCUGAAAAACUUUCCAGUUCAAGCUACAAUUUCCUUUUAUGAAGAUUCAGAUAGUGAAGAUGACGAAGAUGAACUGGAACAAGAAUCAAGAACAGAAUCAGAUUGCUGAUUGCAGGGAAGGCCAAUGCCACUUCUAAGACUUAAUUUAAACUUAAUAUAAAUAUGUAUUAUAGUAUUUUUAAAUAUAAUUUAUUUCUAUGUAAGUUAUUCUUAAUAAAACUGAGAUGUCUUAUAAUUUAACUGAGCUUUUUCCUUUGUUCUAUUCCUGUCCUGGUCUAGGCAGGGAAUGUAUUGAUUAGUAUUUUUAUCUGACAUUCUAUGUUUUGUUGACCAUAACCUGAACACCAAUUUUAGGAGCAGAGAACAGAUGCCGUGCUUUAAAGGGCUCUAUGGUUAUUUGACUUUGUCAAAGUCUGAGGACACAAGGAAAGCUUUUCAUGGUGAUUUAGUAGGCUCCAUAUGGAAGUGUAUCAAGGAAUCAUUGGAUUAAGUAUUCUAAUGUGCUUGCUGUUACAACAGAGUUCCAAACAUGGAGAAGAGAAAUAAUAUAGCUGUUUUCUAAAUGGAGAGAAGAGUCCAAAUUCUACUCUAGGUUUUGAUUUUUGAAGAAGGUGUUUGGCUUAAGUUACCGAUACCCUCAUGUACAUGUACUGUAUUGUUAUACAUGAUAGUUUCCCACUGCAUUUGUUUGUAAAGUUGACAACAAGAAAUGAGAAAAAGGCCUAAUGUGAGUUCUUAUUGUGAGUUUGGUUUUAAUAAUUGAAGCAAAGUUUGGUACCAGUCAUCAUGAAGGCCAAAGGCCCUAAAAGAACAAUACCAACAAAAAUCCAAAAUUUUAACUUUAACACCAGUGCCUCUGU